AUGAUGCCACAUCGUUUUUAUUAUUAUGACUACAAAGCUGGUCAAGGACAUACAUAUCAAGCAUGUAGACAUUAUUUUGAUAAACAAUUAAGAAUUAUGCCAAGAGUUUUGAUGGAUGUUAGUGAAAUUUCAUUAAAAACAACUAUAUUUGGAUCGAUAUAUGAAUCACCAAUCCUAAUUGCUACAUCUGCUUGUCAUUGUCUUGCUCAUGUUGAUGGGGAAGUUGCUACAGCUCGUGCUGCAACUGAAACUCAAUGUAUUUUUACUUACAAUUGGACAUUUUCAAAUAUGCCAGAAGAAAAAGUUCUACAAACACUCGGUCCAAAAUUUUUACAUGUUUAUUUAACAACACCUGUAGAAAUCUUAGAACAAAUAGUUCCACAAGCUGAUAAAAAAGGAUAUCGAGCAAUUGUUAUUACAUGUGAUCAACCACAUGAACGUAUUCGAGAUUUUGUAUUAGCAUUAUUUGAAGAAGCAUCAAAGAAUAUCGAUCCAGACUUAAUGAAGAAUAUGUCAAUACCAAAUUUGAAUAUACCUGGUAUAAUUGUUAAGCAACCUUUUGGCACUGGUUCAGUAACAUGGGCAAAUAUUGAAUGUUUAAGAAAAUUGACACAAUUACCAAUUAUUUGCAAAGGUAUACUCUCACCAAUUGAUGCAGAAUUAGCAAUUAAAUAUGGAGCAAAUGGGAUUAUUGUCAGAUCUACUUUUAACUAUGGGGGUCGACUAAUUGAUACAGCACCACCAGCUAUUGAAUGUCUAGAAGAUGUCGUCAAUGCUGUAGAUGGACGUGCAGAAGUAUUUGUUGAUAAUGGUAUUCGAACUGGGACUGAUGUAUUAAAAGCAUUAGCAUUAGGUGCACGAGCUGUUUUGAUUGGUCGGCCAAUUUUAUAUGGAUUGGCUUGUGGUGGACAAGAUGGUGUUCGAAGAGUAUUAGAUAUAUUAAAGCGUGAAUUAGUUUUUGAUAUGGCUUGUUGUGGAUUAACAUCGAUUGAUCAAAUUAAUAAAGAUAUUCUUUAUAAACAUUAA